AUGGCGGAGCUCGCUGGAACUGCGGUUGGUGCCAUUUCUCUUGGGAUUCAGGUUUGCCAAGGACUUGUAGAGUACUACGGAUCUUGGAAGGACGCCCCCAAAGAUGUUGCACGGAUGUGCCAGUCAAUACGGAGCCUCGAAGAAAGGUUAAAUGCGGUGAAUGCUGUCGUCAAAAACAACGGGAUAGCGUCGCAGGCUGGAUCCGGGGUUCAAAGCGGAAUUGACAGCUGCGUAACUAGCAUUGCUGAGUUACAGAGCCAGUUGAUUAAAGUCCAGGAGAUUAGCGGGCCUAAUAUAUGGUCCAAGGUCCAUGGACAUGGACGGCGUCUUCUUUAUCCAUUUCGAGAGAGCACACUACUAAAACUAAAUGGGAUUGUCUCUGAAAUGCGUGAAAAUCUAAGCUUUGCGUUAGAUGUGCUACAACUGCAGUCCACAGAAAGCUCUACGGAACAAUUAGAAUACGUGUCUACUCAAGUUGACAGUUUAUCAACGUUCAUUCUUUCUCGUCACGAUGAUCAGGAGAGUAUAGCUAUCGUGAACUGGCUGUCGCCUUUGAACUUCUUUGUAGCACAGAAUGAUAUUCUACGGCGGCGACAGAUUGGUACUGGAGAAUGGCUUUUUGAAACUCUCGAAUUCGAAGCGUGGCUGGCUGGGAGGGACAGAAUAUUGUGGUGCUCAGGCCAACCUGGGGCAGGGAAAACCGUCCUUGCAUCUUCCAUUAUCAAUAAACUCCAAAUACGGCAAAGCUCACGAGAUGUUGGAUUGGCCUUUACAUAUUGCAACUACAAAGAGCAUGAUAUUCAGACUCUUUCGAAUCUCAUGGGUAGUCUUGUUCAGCAGCUGGUGCAAUGCUAUGGUGCCAUCCCCGACGAAGUCCGAGUGCUUUAUACCCAGUACAACGCAAGGAACAUACGGCCAAGCGAGGAUGAACUUUCAAGGGCACUUCUGUCACUUAUUAGCAAAUUUUCGCAUGUCUACAUUGUAGUUGACGCCUUGGACGAGUGUAACCCAAAAACGAGGGGCAAGUUUAUUGAGAAAUUGCAACAGUUGCCAACAAAUCUUCGUUUGCUAUGUUCUUCUCGACACCUUGGCGAUAUCCAAGAAGCAUUCGCUGAUGCAUCCCACCUUGAAAUCCGAGCUAGCGAUGCAGAUGUUGCACUGUACAGGCACAGAUCUUGCAAGUACCUAAACUGGUCAAGUUCUGAUACUAUUGUUGACAAGCUAGUUAUGAAAGCAAAGGGAAUGUUCCUACUCGCCGAAUUGCACCUUGAAUCACUAAAGACGAAGACGGACAUCAAAAGUCUUCGGAAAGCCUUGGAUGUUCUGCCCGAUAAAUUAGAGAAGACGUACGAUGACGCUUUAGAAAGAAUUCAAAGACAGCCUGAAGAUGAGUCGAAGCUAGCGAUGAGAGUCCUCUCGUGGAUUACUCAUGCUGUCCGGCCGCUAAAGGUCGAGGAGAUUCAACAUGCAAUUGCUGUUAUGAACUUCGACUCCGACGAUACGACGCUUGACGAGGAAGGACUUCCCGAUGAAGCUGAACUGAUCACUGUCUGUGGAGGGAGUGCUGUAAUUGAUCAAGACAGUGGAGUCAUUCGUCUUGUCCACUAUACUACUCAGGAUUAUUUCGAAAGACACCGGAGCAGAAUAUUCCCAACCGCUCAGGCUGACAUAUUAUGUGCUUGUAUUCGAUACCUCUCGUUAGAAUCGUUCAAAAAUGGCCCCUGCGAGACGAACUCUGAUUUGAGAAAGCGACAAGCAAAGUUUAGGCUUCUUGGGUAUGCCUCAUGCAACUGGGCAAAUCAUGUUUGCGGUGAGCUAGAUGACACAGUCGAAGAACGGGCAAUACAGUUUCUCAAUAAUAAAUCUUUACUGUCUAAUGCGACUCUCAUUAGGUUACUGGAGUUUCCCGAAAACCUAUCUACGCUGUCUAGUUCCAUUCAGACCUGGUGGGUGUCUGCCCAUUUGCACAGCGUAUUCUGGAGCGACAUGAUUCGUACGGAAAUUCCUGGAAUUACGAUUGCAGCUGAAUUUGGAUUAACAAGUCUUAUCGACAAAAUGUUAAAACAAGGGAAUAGUAUAAACGAGGGUGGAAUUCAAGGAAAGGCGGCACUUCAUGAGGCGGCUAGGAACGGACACAUGGCGACUGUGGAGCUUUUGCUGGAGAGAGGCGCAGACACCGAGGCAAAGGAUGUAAAUGGAAGGACAGCACUAUUAUGGGCGGUCCAGGCUGGAUACGAGUCUAUUUUGCGGCUGCUACUGAAUAAGGGAGCUAACAUCGACGCAAAAGGUCACAAUGGAAUGACGGCACUACUAUGGGCUGCUGAGAGUGGGCUAGAGGCUAUUGUGCAGCUUCUAGUAGAGAAUGGCGCCGACAUGGAGGCAACUAGUCUAUACGGAUACACUCCUUUGCUUUUCGCAGGAUCUAAGGGAUAUGUGUCUAUGGUGCAACUUCUUCUACAGAAUGGAGCUAAUAUCGAGGUAACGGAUAAAUAUGGAAAUCCACUACUUUUUGUGGCAGCUCGCAAUGGGAACAAGGCAGUCGUUCGCCUACUUCUAGAAAAAUGGUUUGCUAUGAAAGAUCAAGGUCGUGACGCAGUCUUAUAG